AAUGUAUUUGAUUAAGAUUACCUUAUUGCCAGAUGAGCUGGAGAAGGAGUUUUCGUUGUUUAGCCAAACAGUACAAGUGCAGAUCAUCAGAAAGUUCCGUGACAAACGAGCAUCAGAAUAAUGUUUUUGUUGUUAAAAACAGUUCUUCUGUCCAGUCACAAUCACAAAGAAGAUACGUAUCGUCUUCGCUUAAUCAAACUGGAAAUCUUUCUAAAGCAUUUAACUUUGAAGGAAAUCUGCCAUGGAGGGCUAAGCUGCCUGGAUUAGGACAAGGUGCAUUUGUUGUAUCUCGCCAGUAUGGGCAGAAGUGGGGAGAUGGUCCUGAUUUGAGCAGGGAAUUUUUUGUGCAGCUUUGGCUUGCUGAUAAAAGGAAACAAAGAUCUGCAAGAAAACAAAAAAGAAAAUUGAGAAAUAUUGUAGACCAGACAUCUUUCCAAGCUCCUUUUGGAAAAUUGUUCUCCUCCAUUCCAGAAGAGACAUCUUACAGUGAAGUCAAGCCAGUUACCAAGCAACCACCCACAAGCCAAUCUGUGACAGGUAUUUUGGAGCCAACGUCACUUGAGGAGGCCAAGGUUGCACCUCUUCUUGCAAGAUCUAACUUGCUUAUAACAAGAGAUAUAGAGUGGGCUAAUCUUAUGCUUGGUUUUGAGCAAGAAAACAGAUAUGCAGUUAUGGAUGUCUGCUUCCCACAAUCGCCUGUAGGUUUUAUUCGUGAACAAAGUAAUCUCCUUGCAAGACAGUUUCUUCGUACAAGGCGCCCAUUUGUGGCUUCUGUAACUGACGGCUUGGGCAAUGAGCUCUUUAGGGUUCGGAGGCCCUUUUGGUGGAUCAACAGCUCAAUUUAUGCAGAGAUAAAUGGAAAAGAGGUUGGAGUUGUCCACAGAAGAUGGCAUCUCUGGAGGAGAAUUUAUGAUUUGUACUUGGGGAAUAAGCAGUUUGCUGUUGUUGAAAAUCCUGGCUUUUGGAAUUGGACAUUUACUUUGAAGGAUAUCGACGGGAAGGUGCUGGGUCAGAUAGAUCGUGAUUGGAGGGGUUUUGGUUUUGAGAUUUUCACUGAUGCUGGCCAGUAUGUGAUUCGGUUCGGGAAUGCAGAUUCUAGUAUUUGUCCUAUUACAGGGAUUGAGGAGUUGGAUGUAGCUCGCCCAUUAAGCCUAUCAGAAAGAGCAGUAGCUGUUGCACUUGCUAUAUCUCUUGAUAAUGAUUAUUUCUCAAGACAUGGAGGCUGGGGAAUACCAUUUUUUGUUGUCGGUGAAUGAGAGUAAAUGUAUACCUCACCGGAAGAUGUAUAGAGCAACAACGUAGGAACAAGUCUUCACGCUUAAUGUUUUUUUUGGGGCUUGUUAUGUGAUAUCAAGGCAUUUUAGCAAUGGCCUUGAAUUUGUAGUGCUUUCUCUACCGAGAAUCGACACGAAGUGUUAUGUCAGUGUCAGAUUGAAAUGUAUACCGACUGGAAAUUUUAGCGUUCCUGGACAUGUUGGAACGACAGAUUUAGAAGUAUUGUCAUUGGUUCAGUCCAAUUAUGUGCUUUACUGGAACACUGUAAUCAACAAAGCACAAUUGUGUACUAGAUUAAUGAACCAGCUUGAUAGCAGGUACAAUUGGAAAAGUUGAUGGUAGUUGC